AUGGACGGCGACAAAUGCACUAAGGCACAGGCGGCCGAGCACGAAAGUCUGAAACGAUUCGCGUUUGUCGGAGUCGCGGUCUCUACCAUUGCUACUCUGACUGCGAUCAUUGCUGUUCCUAUGCUCUGUAUGCACAUGCAUACCAUCCAGUCUGGCAUUCAGGAAGAGCUCUCUUACUGUCGAACGAGGAACACCAGAAUGCGUGGAGAAUAUUCCAAGCUUGAAAGCGUUCGUACAUUGGCUACUCGAGCAAAGCGACAAUACCCUGAGCUUUGCUGCUCAUGUGGUAUCGGCGCACCGGGACCAGUUGGACCACCAGGAGAAGAUGGUGAUCCAGGACCAGAUGGCAAGCCUGGAAAACCAGGACCUCCCGGAGCUGACGCACCUAGCAAUACCGCCGUGCCAACAAAGGACGAUUUCUGUUUCGAGUGCGAGCCAUCCCCUCCUGGACCAGAUGGUGUACCUGGACCUAUGGGACCGCCAGGACCACCUGGAGGACCGGGAGAGGUAAGGUCCUUUUGA